AUGUCUAAUACUUCAAGCCAUUACCGAACUGUCUUGGAAAGAAGGUCUGGGAGCAUGCAAAUCCACGUUAUUGUUCUGGAUGCAAAUGACAAUGCCCCUGUUUUCACCCAACCCAUUUAUAAAGUUAAUGUAUUGGAAAAUGUUCCACUAGGUUUUGUUCUGACUACAGUGAAAGCUACAGACCUUGAUGAAGGAGUUAAUUCAGAAAUAACAUACACAUUUAGAACAAAAUCAGAGAAGAUUUCCCAAAUAUUCCGAUUAAAUUCACAAACAGGAGAAAUAUCAGUUCAAGGGAAUUUGGAUUUUGAGGAGCAGGAAUUUUUUGAAAUAGAUGUCCAAGCUCAGGACCCAGAAGGUUUGUCAUCUCUUGCUAAGGUGUUUGUAACAGUUUUGGAUGCAAACGACAAUGCUCCAGAAAUCACAGUUUCGUCAUUCUUCACCUCAGUGCCAGAAAAUUCACAGAGUGGGACUAUAAUUGCUCUAUUGCGUGUCAAGGACAAAGACUCUGGAGAAAAUGGGAAGGUCACAUGUUUCAUUCCUCCAAACUUUCCAUUUCAACUGCAAAAGUCUGUAGACAAUUAUUACACUUUGAUGACAGAUGGCAAUCUGGACAGAGAGGUUGUGGAGCAUUAUAAUUUGACAAUCACAGCAACAGACAGAGGGACACCUCUACUCUCUACAACUACCUACUUUCCAAUAAAAAUACUAGAUGUAAAUGAUAAUGCACCCAUCUUCAAAGAAAUAUUUUAUAAGUCAUAUUCAUUUGAGAAUAACCCUACUGGGGCCUCCUUGAUGAUGUUGGAAGCAAAUGAUCCAGAUUGGGGUACCAACAGUACAGUGACUUAUUCCAUUCUUGAUGGGAAUGACCCUACAGUUUCAAUUGCCUCGUUGCUCUCCGUUAACACUGAGACAGGGGUUGUCUAUGCUCUGCGUCCCUUUGAUUAUGAAGAGUUCCAGCAGAUAAAUUUCCAGGUCAAAGCCCAGGAUGGAGGAUCCCCAUCACUCAGCUCCGAUGUCUCAGUGACUCUCUUCAUCCUGGAUCAGAAUGACAAUGCCCCCCAGAUCUUGUACCCUUCCGCCCCCACUGAUGGCUCCACUGGAGUAGAGCUGGCUCCUCGCUCUUCUGAGCCUGGAUAUCUAGUCACUAAAGUGGUGGCAGUGGAUGCAGACUCUGGCCAGAAUGCCUGGCUCUCCUAUCAGCUACUCAAGGCCACGGAGCCAGGGCUGUUCUCUAUAGGACUCCACACUGGAGAGAUCAGGACAGCCCGCUUCUUUCUGGACAAGGAUGCUCUCAAGCAAAGCCUGGUGGUUUUAGUGAAGGACAAUGGGCAGCCCCCUCUGUCUGCCUCAGUCACGGUCACUGUGGUGCUGGCCGACAGCAUCCCUGAAAGCCUCUCUGAUAUUAGCAGCAUCUCAACUCCUGCAGACCCCCAGUCGGACCUCACCUUCUACCUGGUGGUUGCUGUGGCUUUUGUCUCCUGCUUGUUUUUCACCUUCUUCCUUGUUUUACUGGCCAUCAGAUUGCAUAGAUGGAGAACUUCUCAGCUGUGUCAUUCUGGGAGUGGGAGUUUCACUGGUGUUCCAGUCUCACAGUUUGUGGGGAUUGAUGGAGUCCGAGCCUUUCUUCACUCCUAUUGCCAAGAGGUUUCUCUCACCACAGACUCUAGGAAAAGCCGAAUUUUUUUCCCUAUUGGAAGCUGUACAAAUACUCUCACACAUCAGCAAGUUUCUGGGGAACCGGGUUUCAAAUAUCUUCCAGAAGAUUUAAACAUUGCAAAUGAAGCACAGGCAUCCCAGGAGGUACCGGCUUAUUAA